AUGAAUUUCACGGUCCCGGGCAUUGCGGAAGAGGCGUACCUGAUGCGGUCCUCUGUCUUCCUGGCCAAUAUCAACCGGCGUCUGGCGGCUGACUUCGCUGGUCGGUUGGCCAAUACAGAAUACCGCGUGGGCGAAGACCUCGAUGCUCCACAUCCGUAUUGGCCGCGCAGUAUCUCCGAGAUUGGUACUCUAUUAACGCGCCAACUGGCCGUCGUAAGGCUCGCUAACCCGCAGAAUAUAACCUUCGCGGCUCACUUCAAACCAGACUUUUGCAAGUGCGGACCCGCGUACGAGGCGUUCGUGGACCUAUUCCUCACUGUGCUGGUCGACAAACUGGACCUAUCCAACCACGUACUUGUCCACGAGAUGAAGGCCAGAUUCAUCAAAGUCGACACCUCUGCGUUCUUCUACCCAGGUGAUUGGAGCGAAGGCGAGACGCACAUCUUUUCUAUCUCCGGCUUCGACAGAAACAUUGCGCUCAGGUGCCUGGUCCUGUAUGGUGCACCGACCAGAGCAGGGAAUUCGAUGUGCCGCGCACCACGCGGGCUGACUACCCAGCAACGCAGGAUCGAGAUGACUACAACAGCGGUCCGGAAUGGUCUAAACAGCUUCAAGGAUGUUCUCUAUAAGAAGCAGACCCUGGGCGGCCCCAUGGUGUUGCACAUAUGA